AUGGGCGGUGCCAAGACCCCCCAAGCGGACAGACCUCGGCCACUCCAAAGAAGCAAUAUCCUCAUCGCAAUUAUCAGUCUUUCCCAACCAAUUGAUCCUCCACAACUCUAUCUCUCUGCAGCCAAUUCUGUCAAACUCUCCGGAGUACAACUUCGCAUAGUUAUCAUGGCCGCUCUUCUCUCCUACCUCCCCCCCUUCGAGGGUCUGCUGCCCAAAUGGCUCUUCUUGGUCUCCGUCGUCUCCGCCGCAAACAGCAUCCAAGCCUACCGAUCGGAGUCCUAUGCCGCAGAUCUCUACAACGGAAAAACUGCUGAAGGUCGCCCGCACACCAACGCCCUCUCUUCUCGGACUUUCGGCACAUGGACUUUCCUUUCCUCCGUAGUCCGCAUUUACGCCGCCUACAACCUCAACAACCCGGCUGUCUAUGAUCUCGCGCUCUGGACUUUUGGCAUUGCCCUGGCACACUUUGUCGGCGAGUGGUUGGGCUUCGGUAGUGCGCAGCUUAAGGGUCGCUUCGUUAGCCCUUUGAUUGUUGCUUCGUCCACGCUGGUUUGGAUGUUGACGCAGAGGGAGGCGUAUCUGGCUGCUUAG